GCGCAUCUGGGUGAAUUCGGAGCCUUGACUUCCUUUUGGGGAAACCGAAGCCGGCGGCAGAAGAGAAGAGAAGAGAAGAGCGGGCGCGGGACUGGGGUGCCCAUGGCGUUGAGCUCGCGGGCCCACGCCUUCUCCGUGGACGCCUUGCUGGUGGGCAGCCGUGGGGCCAAGCGGAAGGGCCUGGGUCUCCGGGAGGAAGAGGAAGAGGAAGAAGAGGAGGAGGAGGAGGAGGAAGAAGCGGCCUUCUUCAGGAAAAGCCAGGCGCCGGAAAAGAAAGCGAAAGGAGAAAGGUCGGCGGCUCUCUCCGAAGAGAAAAGAGAGAUCCAAGUGGAUUUACAAGGCUCCGAAUUAUGGAAGCGUUUCCACGAGAUUGGCACCGAGAUGAUCAUCACCAAAGCCGGCAGGAGGAUGUUUCCUUCUGUUCGGGUCAAAGUGAAAGGUCUGGAUCCAGUGAAACAAUACUACAUUGCCAUCGACGUGGUGCCCGUGGAUUCCAAAAGAUACAGGUACGUCUACCACAGCUCCCAGUGGAUGGUGGCUGGGAACACGGACCACUCCUGCAUCACGCCUCGCCUUUACAUCCACCCGGACUCCCCCUGCUCCGGAGAGACCUGGAUGAGGCAGAUCAUCAGCUUCGACCGGGUGAAGCUGACCAACAAUGAGAUGGAUGACAAAGGGCAUAUAAUUCUGCAAUCCAUGCAUAAAUACAAGCCCCGGGUCCACGUGAUUGUCCAGGACUCUCGAUUCGAUCUCUCCCAGAUCCAGUCUUUGCCAGCCACAGGGGUCCAGACCUUUUCAUUUAAAGAAACAGAAUUCACCACAGUCACUGCCUACCAAAACCAGCAGAUAACAAAACUCAAGAUAGACCGGAAUCCCUUUGCUAAAGGAUUCAGAGACCCUGGAAGAAACAGAGGAGUCUUGGAUGGACUUCUGGAAUCAUAUCCAUGGAGACCAUCACUUACUCUGGAUUUUAAGUCCUUCGGUGCAGAAAGUCAAGGUGGAAGCCCUGGCUCUUCUCCCGUGACACCCAACGGGGCCACUCCGUCUCCCCUCGGCGCUCUCCUUUCCUCCUCUUGUUCUCCUCCGGCAUUCCAUCUCUCCGCAGCCAGCCUUGGCGUCUCCUGCCCCGACUCCUACUUCCACCAUCUCGGCCUUCCUCUCUGCUACAAGAUUUGUCCAGCCAGCCUCUUGAGACAGCCGUCGCUGAUGUUCCCGAGCCACCACAAGCUGGGCCACGCCAGCAGCCCUUCCCUUUUGCCACACUUCAUGGUGGAGGUGCCCACGUUGUCUUCUCUGAACAUAGCCAACGUCAAAAGUGGCAAAGCGGAGGAGUUGAGCAGAGCAAGUUCCCAAGGGCCCGGCACAGCAAGCCAUAUGUUGUAUGGUUUACACACACCUGGGAACAUUUUGUCGUCGGGCCCCGUAGCCCAAGAAGCCCUGAACUGUGCCUUGCAUCCUCCCUAUGGCUUCUAUGGGUACAACUUCUCGGUGCCUUCAAGACUGAUGAAUUCAGCGAGUCACUUCAAAGUCAAUGACAGUAUCCCAUCCCCGCUCCGAGAAAACAGGUGCAGCCAUUCUCCAUGGUUUUCCACAAGUAACCACUGCCUUUAGUAGCCAUGGCUUGGACACUUCACAAGGCUAGCUGUGGAUCACUCAUAAUAUGAAGGACUAGGUGAAAGAGCUUUCUCAAUUUAUCCAAUUUGUUUCCAUGUUGAUGACAUAGGAGCCUCCAGUGGCACAGUGUGUUAAAGCAUUGAGUUGCUGAACUUGCAGACCAAAAAGUCACAGGUUCGAACCCAGGGAGUGGAGUGAGUGCCCACUGUUAGUUCCAGCUUCUGCCAACCUAGCAGUUCAAAAACAUGCAAAUGUGAGUAGAUGAAUAGGUACCGCUCCGGCAUGAAGGUAAUGGCACGCCAUGCAUUCAUGCCUAUGGCAACAUGACCUUGGAGGUGUCUACGGACAAUGCCGGCUCUUCGGCUUAGAAAUGGAGAUGAGCACCAAUCCCCAGACUCGGUCACGACUGGACUUAAUGACAGGGGAAAACCUUUACCUGACCGGGUGACAUAGACAGCAAUAUGCAACAGUUGCCAUUCUUUUCACUUACAAAAUAGGGUCUCCCAGUCCUAUAUCCCCAAUAGUGCAAGUGGUGGCUGGUGGUUUCCAUGUCAGUGAAUCUGCUUUGAGUUUCCAUCUGAAUUUUAAAGAAGCCCUCCAAUGUACAAAACACAAAACACUCAAAGUGUGACACAAAAUACAACAAGUGCAAAACAAAACAGGCAAUAAACACAACAUCAUAAAUUCACAGUACCCCCGGUAAAAAAAACAAUAAAAUACAGCAAUUGCUGCAGAUAAAACAGCAGUAUUCGAUCUCAGAAUUGUAAAAAAAAAAAAAGAGAGUAAAUGGUUCUCAUAUGUAUUAUAAGAGAGUCUAAACAUGAUUGAAGGCUUAACCGUGAGUUGGGAGGAUUGUUGGGAACAGUGUAGUUCUGCAUGCACAUAGAGAACUGUUAUGCUGCAUACAUGUGUCGCAUAUGAAAUCAGCCUCUGUAUGACAGUGAACUAGGGUGAAGGAAUAAUCCCUCAGCCUCAAAUGAGCAGUAUAAACUAUAUGGUGAUAUAUAUCACACAAAUAUCCUCUUUGGGGGAAGAUCCGGCUUGAGGAAGGGGUAAAAAUCAUACAGAUAAUUUAGCUCAAAAAAGUCUCCCCAAAAAUGUGUUGCUCUGACAUCGUAAUAACAACAUGAAAGGCAACGGAGCAACCCAAAGCAGAGACAUGAUACGCGUGUGAGAGAAAAAGACACAAUGGCUAAUUUAUUUGGUCAUUUGAAAAGAUCUGGGUUCAAUGUAAAAUCUUGCCUGUUCCAGAUUUGCACUUUGUAGCAGGAUUUUAGAAUUACGAGAUUGCUGGAAUGGAGAGUGAUCCGAGAAUGUUCUCAACACCAAACUCUGUGUCUUGCUUUUUCCUCCAAGGGUUGUUUGGAGGAGCAUCUUUUUGGACUCGAAAUUGAUUUCAAGGACUAAUGCUUUUGUGUCUCCCCACUCCUGCCUCUGACUGCUUCCCCUCUCAGUAAAGCACUUAAAUAUA